UCAAGACUACAGCGAAAGUUAUCGUGCGUAGACUGUAAAUCCGCGGCAUCGUUCUUGUCGUAGAAAGCGACUUCUCUAUCUGUAUUUGUAAAAAGCAUUGGCGCAUCGUAAAGUUCGAGUCAACAUCUUCAAUGUAGACACAAAAAUCUUUCCUACUGUCCUAUUUUUCUUUCAGAAAAGUUUCUCUCUCGUUCGAAGUGCUUACAAAUACGAAUAUAAAUGCAACGCAUGUAAAAGAUUUCAGUGUAAAGCUAAAGACAAGCAGAAGCACAGCGAGAACGACUGCUCAAAGCGAGAUUGUGAACGUAAAUACGGCAGCUACUUCUAAAAGCAAGCAAGAAACAAAAGCAUUUUUCGUAAAACGCAAUUGUGUUGUACAGUCUAAUUCUUUCAUCUAGCAAACCAUAGAUGUUCAUCAAAAUGUCUGGAAAUCUCUCCAGCACAUACAUCGGCCGUAAAGGCGACCGGCGUCAUGUUUCCAAGGCCAACGGAAAACCCCCGCGACGGCGUGGGGCCAAUGGGAAGCCGCGUUUCAAGGGCAAUUUGUGCCCGAACGACGAUUUGAAUGUUCCCGAGAAUUACUGUUCCGGGUAUUUCAGCCUGGCCUUGCGCCAUGGAGAAGACGGAGACGAGUAUGAAAACAGGAACUGUCGCGCCCACCUCAUCGGCAUUUUUGCAGGCAGCGCAUACGUUGUUGAAGCGCUAUAUAGUUCUUUCAUGCUCAUCCUCAUUGCUCGUGAACUGACUGGGCCGACAAUUUGUGGUGCGGUGUAUCUGUCAAAGACAAAGUGAGUGUAUGGUUUUGUGGUUGUCAAAUCACCUUCGCGGAUGGGUGCGGCUUUCCUUUGCGGUGCCAUAACGGCGGGAAGCAUAUCGCAGGUGUGCCCCUGGACGAUGUUAAGGAUAAUGCGUAUUCGGGCUUUGUCCCGUGGAAGCAUUUUCUGCAGCCGAGGUUCGAGUAUCUGCAGCGGCACGAGCUGGCGGACUGCAAGAAACCCAUCUCGAUACCGAACCUGUGCGAGUUCAGCAUCGCCGGCAAAAAGAGGAAGAACGGUAUCGCGUCUGCUCCUUGUUGCGUAUGAUUGUGAGUGUGUCUGUGUGUGCGCACUCGGCUGCGUGUGUCAACGAAGCAAGCUUCGUUUGUCAGCGAAAAUAUAUAAUAAUGGCAUAAACAGGUGGAGAGGGAGACGGCGAAGGCGAGCGUCGUUUUGAGUAUUAUGUUGAGACCGUGGCUCCGGGUACGGACGAGGUGCAGUACUAUGUGAGGCUAUCGGUGGCGCAUGUGUGUUGUUGUCUUGUUCAGGGAUGCAUGCAAACCCAGGGACGAAGGAUCACAGAUUGCUUUUUCGUUGUUGCUCUCAAACAAGGCGACAAAGGGUGUAAAAUGUUGUGGCGACACGAUGAAACACGUUUCAUUUUUUCUGAGAGUUCGUUCAUUAGAUGAGGCGUUGUACUUCUGCAGUUCAUUAGAUGAGGCGCUCAUCAGAUGAGGCGUUGACCAGCCACUUCUGCAGUGCCGGCGCGGCACUGCGAUUUGCAUUUUUAUCGUCCCUGAGACUGUCUGUCACCUUUGCCAUGCAUAGAGGGCUAAACGCGGCGAGUUGGCAAACAUGAACUUCGACAAGCCGGGUCCGGAUGAAAUGGCGUGGUGGGAGGCGCAGAUCAGGUAAGCAGUGGCUGCCGGUUUCCUUUCGUGCUUAAGUACUUUUCAUCUGGACCUGCAGGCUCGAGUGGCGCGUUGUGCACGUCGUUCUCGUCACCUUGGAAAAUGUAUUUGUGUUGGUUUGAUCUUCGACUGUUCCCGUUCCAUCAACAUUGGUUGUACAGCUAAAGAAACCAACUGCCGCAUCAUACAGCAUGCUGAACCUGGAUGAAGUGCUCAAGGCGCAGGCUGCGCUAGCUUUUGAUUGGGCCCGGGUUUUGGCCCCUGCGCCACGCACCCCGGGUGGGCCAUUAGAAGUUGCCCGGGCCAGGCCCCCCCGCCGGUUUUUUGUUGCAGAGUGAAAAAACAGCCGCGCGCCGGGGGCCCGGCGCCCGCUGGCUUUUGCGCGCCGGCGCCCGCAUAUUGGAGGCGUUGGCCCGCCCCGGGGAAAGGGCGCGCCGCAGAGCGCGGCCAGGGAAGCGGGCCAGUCUGCCCUUUGCCGACCGUCCGAGCCCGCGCGCCCCGGCGGCUUUCGCUUCUGCCCUGCCCUCCGCCCCAGGGCAGUCUUUUGGCCGGCCUUGUGCUUCGGGGCAGCCAGGCGGCCUGUUGGCGCGCCUCCGUCCGCCCCGGCGCGCGCCCGCCCAUUUCGCCGGGGGCCCCGGGCCUUCGUUCCUUGUAUUGCCCGGCCCGUGCGCGUGUCCCACGCACUCGGCGUGUGGGUGUACCGCCCGCGCCCUACCCAGAAACUGCCUGCGUGGCGCGCCCCGCCCGCGCGGGCGGGCACGAAAACGGGGCCGGCCCCAGGACUGGCGUGCGUGGGCGAAGGGGCCCGCAGGAAGGGUUGCGCCACUUAUUUUGCCCACUGGACUGACUGACUUCGCCCGGUCGGUCGCAAUGGCGGUGGGCACGCACCCACGCAGGCAAAUCAGCUCGGCGGCCGAACUGCCGGCGAGGGCCCGAGGAAGGAUAGAGCAGAGAAGCUGCAUGCCACCGCCCUAAUGAGAAGACUGGCAAAAAGAGCAGGGGUGGGGCCCGCCAAAAGUUUAGGGAGGCAGUGGGCCUCGGCCCGGGCAUCCACCCCAUGUGCGCGCCCAUGCUAUGGGCACCGUUGUGACAGCCGGGCGGGCCGUGUCCUGCCUGCCGCGCGCGGCUUUCUCUGGGCCCUCUCGCGUAGUUCGGGUCCAGAGGGGCCGUGGGUCUUGGUCUUGCUUUUCGUUUAUCGGUCGCCGCGCCGCCGUGUCCUGCAGAACGUUACUCAAUAGGCAUAGCCAUUAUUUAGUCAUGACGGCGCGGCACGGGAGUAAAGACCUUGGAACUAAUGCGGGCAGGGUGCCUAACCCGCGGGGGAGAAAACAGUCCAAAGCCCGGGGCGGUUGGAUGUGGAUCAGGGGCAAACUUUGUGUAUGUGCUGGAAAUUUAUUGUUGAAAUAUUUUUGAAAAGCUUUGCGCGGUCCGUUUGUAGGGUAGCUUUGCCUCUGCCAUCGCGUCGCCUUAUAGCUUUGUCUUUUGUCGCCGCAUUCCCGACAUCGCACUACCAUGGAGAUUGAGUAUAUUCCGCAUGGAAAACUCGCGCAAAUUGUUAAAGAGCACCAUACCGCCGCGAUUGGGGUUUUUAUGAUUUUUCGGUUUUCGGUUUUCGGUUUUAUAUAGCAAAAUCCCCUCCCUGGUCCUCCCUACCCUGGGACCCGGGAUUCUAUAAACUCUUCUGUCAUACAGCAAGCUCAACCUGGAUGAAGUGCUCAAGGCGCAGGCGGAGCAGGAAGAUAACGAAGCGGACGCUUUUGAUGUUGACGACUUCCAGCACAAUGAUCCCGAUUCUCGCACCGAGGAAGAACUGGACCAGGAUAUGAUGGAUUCCUCGGACGAACGAACUGGGUUGGCGGCGAAUCGGCAUCGCACGCCUGCUCGUCGCCCUUCGAGGAACGCGCGCAUGCCGUCUUCCUCUUCGCGUCAUCAUGCUGGUGGUCAUGGAAGUCAUGAUCGAAAUGAGCGACGACCGCGCUAUAGAAACAGGUACGGAUUUUUAGUGGCGUAAGUAUUCGUGUCACUAUAUCACUUCAACUUCUAUUGCGACUGGUCGCUGUUCUAUUAUUGCAGGAGAAGUUUCCGCUGCGCUGGAAUACAAAUGAUGAAAGGAAGAAAGAGAUCUGCCUGUGUGCGGUAACCGAAAUCGGUACGAGGUAGAACCAAAUACCGAGGCUCCCACAUCACUCCAGGUGGAACGACGCUCCAGUGCAGCGUUCGUCGGUCGGAACCGGAGCCAACAGCCUGCCACUGGGAACAAGAAGCCCGCACUGAGGUAAUUUUCGUAACAAGUUGCCUGUGGUGCGCAGCAGUGAAGUUGUAAGCGGGGAUCUGUGCGGUGUUAAUCAUCCGAUGUGAUUCCGAAUGACAGCACGAUUGAUUUCAUGGUCCAUCCAUCCAAUGACAGCACGAUGUGAUAUAUGGUCCAUCCAUCCAAGAACUGAAGAACGCCAACGCACAUCAACAUCGAAAUGAUAGAUAGAAGUAGAUACGACGGACCAGAACUUGUCGCAAGAACAAUUAUUCAAGACUUGAGCGCGUUAUGAUGUAGUCUUCUCGGCGCCGGAAAUA